AUGUCUUUCGAGCCCCAGCUACAGCAACAUAGGCAUUACAUGAGCAUCCGAGUCCAUAAUGAAGAUGAUAUUCAGAAGCUAUAUCCUCUUAUUCUAGACUACAUCAGGGAACCCAACCUCGCAUCAAGCGUAAAGGAAUUCGUUUUUUGCUGUCACCUCCGCUGGGAUGAUUCCUACUUGAUAGGAGCUGAUCAAUCGGAGGGCUUAGGGGGUGAAGAGAACGCCCGAGACAUAUCUCAAGAACAUGGAAUUUUGCAAGUCCUCACGGAUCUAGGUCUUGAGGAGCCAGUAAGGUCCGAAUGGGUCAGGGUCCUGACCUGGAUGAAGCCAGAGCUCAUUGCCGCCCGCGAGGAAACCCUGGGUGGCAAUCCUUUUCAUGAGAACGCGCGCUUCUAUUCGUAUCGCGACAGGCUCUUUGCCCACUACGCAUCCGCACUACUCCUCAUGCUCUGUCCCAAUAUCGAGAAAAUUGAAUACGAAGAGGGCAGCUGGAUCGUUGACGAUAUGCUUCGUCGUAAUAACUAUGGCUUGCUUCCCAAACUGCACUUGGAGAAGCUUCGCGAGGUUAUCCUUCUUCCUACCACCCAUUUUACUCUAGGGGACCCCAGAUAUUACAUAUAUCUCGAUAUUUUGCGAAUGCUCCAAUUGUUCCAUCGACUUCCCGCUAUAGAGAGUGUAACUACGGAUGGAGUAGGACAAAAUUAUAAUGGGGGUCCUCUGCGUCGUUUUCCACCCGCAACUUCAAAUGUGAAGAGGAUCCAUGUUGGUCACUCUAUGUACGGAGGAGAUGUCAUUUGGUCUCUCAUCAGAGCACCGAAACUUUUGGAGGAGAUUACCCUCACAACUGGUGGUCAUCUUACUACAGAUGGCGGGUUCUCGCCUGUAUCUGCAAAGACAAUUGGCCAGGCCUUGGCCAUACACAAGGCAUCAUUGCGCAAAGUCGAUAUUGACUUGGACCGCUGUCUCUUUGAAACCGGAUAUGAUGAGUGUGACGAGGAGGAAGAGGAAGAGGAACUAGAAACCGAAGACGAAUGGUUGAACCGGUAUCACGAUGCCCCCUUUCGGCUCGCCGAGGCGCUACCGAAAUCUCUGGAGUAUCUGACAAUCCGAGGAUACACCAGAGGAAGUGUGGUACAGUAUGACAGUCAAAUUGACGAGCUCUUGCUCACAAGAGAGGUUCGCUUGCCUUUGCUGAAAGAACUGCACGGUAUCAAUGAGACGAUUCCUAGUGCGGCACCAAUUCAGUAG